AUGGCUUUCCUGGAGGAUGGGAACCACACUGCAGUGACAGAGUUCAUUUUGGUGGGUUUAACAGAUGACCCAGUCCUUAAAGUCAUCCUCUUCACCAUCAUCCUGUGCAUCUACCUGGUGACUGUGUCUGGGAACCUCAGCACCAUCCUUCUCAUCAGAGUCUCUUCCCAGCUCCAUCACCCUAUGUACUUUUUCCUCAGCCACUUGGCUUCUGUUGACUUAGGCUACUCAUCUUCUGUCACACCCAAUAUGCUUAUCAACUUCCUGGCAGAGAAUAAUACCAUCUCCUACAUUGGAUGUUCUAUACAGUUCGGCUCAGCUACUUUCUUUGGAGUACUUGAAUGCUUCCUUCUGGCUGUCAUGGCUUAUGAUCGCUUUGUAGCAAUCUGCAACCCACUGCUUUAUUCCAUCAAAAUGUCCACACAAGUCUGUGUCAAGUUGGUUGUAGGAUCUUAUAUAGGGAGUUCUCUAAAUGCUUCCUUUGUCACUGUUUCUAUAUUUAAUUUGCUCUUCUGUGGACCAAACAAAAUCAAUCACUUUUUCUGUGAUUUCGAUCCUUUGAUUGAGCUCUCUUGUUCUGAUGUCAGUGUCCCUGUGGCUGUUACCUCAUGUUCUGCUGGCUUAAUUACUAUGAUUACAGUGUUUGUCAUAGCCGUCUCCUAUACCUAUAUCCUCAUCACUGUCCUGAAGAUGCGCUCCACUGAGGGCCGCCACAAAGCCUUCUCCACCUGCACCUCCCACCUCACAGCAGUCACUCUGUUCUAUGGAACUGUCACAUUCAUUUAUGUGAUGCCCAAGUCAAAUUACUCUACAGACCAGAACAAGGUGGUGUCUGUGUUCUACAUGGUGGUGAUCCCCAUGUUGAACCCCCUCAUCUACAGCCUCAGAAACAAUGAGAUUAAGGGUGCUCUGAAGAGACAGCUUGGUAAGAAAAUAUUUUCUCAGAGUAAUAUAUUGUUUUGUAAAAGUUAA